AUGUGCAACGAGUGCGCUAUUUCCGUGAUCAAGACUCAGGUGGAGAUGUCACUGGCCUCGAACGCCGAUAUAAUCAGCGGUCUCAGCAUGGUUGUGUCGUCUUGUAAGACGACUGUCGAGGUCACCACACCCCCGGCCGCGAGCCCGCCCUGGGUAACCAAAGCGACGCCGGUCCAGACGUCCGCUAUAACCUCAUGCAUACCUUCAUCCUCUUUUGCUGGCAAGAUGUACGCCAUGCAGAGCAGAGAUACGUGCCAGUCCAUCGCGAAGGCGCAACGCAUCGAUACGGUACAGCUUCUCAUGGCCAACAACCUUGUGCUGUGCAUCCCUUCAGCCGCGAUAUGCGAGCCGUACGUCAUCAAGAACGGAGACACUUGCACCAGCAUCGUGAAUGGUGCGAAGGCUAUGUGGGCUCAGAUCGUGUCCUGGAACCCUGAGCUGGGACGAUCUUGUCAGAAUGUGGCCGACUACGUUGGCUUCGUGGUGUGCGUAUCAAACCCCGGCGGUAGCUGGGUUGACACCCAUCCUGCGGCCACUGGUACGACUACACCGGGAGUCACGAUAACAGCGGUUGAGUAA